AUGCUUACCAAUGUGUUAAGAGGAAAUGUGGGUGCCCAGGAGAGAGCCGGGCUGUGCACGUGCGCGGUGGGCGGCGUGGGGCGGCGUGGAGCGGGCAGGACCGCUAGCACCCGCACGGGCCCCCCGAGGGUUAAGCGCCGCCCAGCGUCCGGCUCCUCCCCGCCCGGGCCGCGCGGCCGCGCUGACGCCCUCACUCGACCCACCGCGCCCUGGGCGCACCGGCGGGUCCCUGGUGGCCGCAGCGACCGGCGACCCACGGAUGCUCAACGCGUGCCACAAGCUGUCGCCGCACAGAGGCUGCCGGGCCGUCGGGGAGCCAGGAGCACCAGGCUGCCCAGAUGCGGGCGCCACUCUGCCUGCUGCUGCUCCUCGCCCACGCAGUGGACAUGCUCGCCCUCAGGCACUGGUCUGGGGGGCAACUGCACAGGCUGUGUCAUAUGCUCGGAGGAGAAUGGCUGCUCCACCUGCCAGCAAAGGCUCUUCCUCUUCAUCCGCCGGGAAGGUAUCCGUCAGUACGGCAAGUGUGUGCAUGACUGUCCCCUCGGCUUCUUCGGAAUCCGUGGCCAGGAGGCCAACAGGUGCAAAAAAUGCGGGGCCACAUGCGAGAGCUGUUUCAGCCAGGACUUCUGUAUCCGCUGCAAAAGGCGGUUUCACCUCUACAAAGGGAAGUGUCUGCCCACCUGUCCGCCAGGCACCUUGACCCACCAGAGUACCCGGGAGUGCCAGGAGGAGUGCGAGCCGAGCCCUUGGGGCAGCUGGAGCCCCUGCAUACACAAUGGGAAGACCUGUGGCUCAGGCUGGGGCCUAGAGACCCGGGUGCGGGAGGCUGGCCCCACCAAGCAGGAAGAGAUGGCAAGUUGCCGAGUGAUAUCUGAGUCCAGGAAAUGUCCUAUAAAGAGGCCCUGCCCAGGAGAAAGAAAUCCCAGGCAGAAGAACCGGAAGGACCGGCGCCAGCGCAAGGACAGGAAGUUGGAGCGCAGGCUGCACCCGCAUGGCUCCCAGUGACCAUCUCAAGCUCUGGCCUCUGCCUUUGGCUUGCUGCACUUCCGCUGUGGGAUCCUUCCUUCUCCCCUGCCCCGCUCUUUCUCCAUAUCCUUCACUCCUACUGUCCGCUACUUUUCCCCUCUGCCCGGUCUUUGCGUUAUAUUUUAUCGAUCUCCCUUUUCCUCUCCCCGUCACUUCCUUCUUCACGUCCUUAUUUCUUGGAACUUCCCUUCUCUCCGUAUACGUUUUUCUUCACUUCCUUCUGGUUUCCUUUCUGCUCUUCAAUGUCCAUAUCAGACAUAAGAGACUGAGCUUGUGUCCUCCGCGUGGCUCUCUGCACCUCAAAACAAACUUUUUCUUCUA